UGCCUUUUGAGUUGCGUCUGAACUCUGAACCUCAAACUUUUAGAGAGAUAUGCGUGAAAGAGUCGCAACUAAAACGAUAAGAGAGAAACUAAAAUGAAACUCGUAUUGUCUAUCACACAUCUCCCCUCAUGCAUUUAUAUUCUCUCUUACCUUUUUGGGUCAAAUCACCAUACCCCACUCGUGUGCUCCAAAAUCUUACCUUUUUAGGUUUUAUUAAAAAGAAAAGAAUUUGGUAUCACUGCUGAUUCCGACCAGAAACAAAAAAAAUGGAUUUGGAGUUUGCUGUUAAUGGAGAAAGAUUCAAGGUUGAUUCUAUUGACCCAUCAACUACCGUACUUGAUUUCUUGCGAUUCAAUACUCCUUUCAAGAGUGUCAAGCUCGGCUGUGGCGAAGGAGGGUGUGGUGCUUGUCUUGUGGUGUUAUCAAGAUAUGAUCCAGAGUUAGAUCAAGUGAAAGAAUGUAGUAUAAACUCUUGUCUCACUCUUCUCUGUAGUGUCAAUGGAUGUUCCAUCACAACAUCUGAAGGUCUCGGAAACAAGAAGAAAGGAUUCCAUCCCAUUCAUAAGCGAUUCGCGGGGUUUCAUGCCUCUCAGUGCGGUUUUUGUACGCCAGGGAUGUGUAUUUCUCUCUACUCAGCUCUUUCAAAUAGCUCCAAAGAGUUUACGGUUUCCGAAGCUGAGAAAUCUGUUUCGGGGAAUCUUUGUCGAUGCACUGGCUAUCGUCCCAUCGUUGAUGCUUGCAAGAGUUUUGCUUCUGAUGUUGAUAUUGAGGACUUGGGGUUCAAUUCCUUUUGGAAGAAAGGAGAAAGCAAAGAGGUUAUGUUGAAGAAUCUGCCUCCUUAUAACCCCAAAGAACAUCUUGUUACAUUCCCUGAGUUCUUGAAGAAGAAGAAGAAGAAGAAGAAGCUUCAUAAUGGUUUAGAUCAUUCGAGGUAUCGUUGGACAACUCCUUGUAGUGUAGCUGAGCUUCAUAACAUAACUCAAGCUGCUAACUCUUUAGGCUCCUUGAAGUUAGUUGUGGGCAACACUGGGACAGGUUACUACCAAGAUGAGGAACGGUUUGAUAGAUAUAUUGAUAUCAGUCAAAUUCCAGAGAUGUCUAUGAUCAAGAAAGGUGAGGAAGGGAUUGAGAUUGGAGCCGCUGUUACCAUAUCGAAUGCUAUUGAUGCUUUGAAGAAGGAAGAAAGCAAAUCUUGUUAUAUUUUCAAGAAAAUGGCGGCUCAUAUGGAGAAAAUUGGCAACCAUGCUAUCAGGAACUCAGGGAGUAUCGGCGGUAAUUUAGUGAUGGCACAAAGCAGAAAGUUUCCUUCUGAUAUUACAACGCUUUUGCUCGCAGUAGAUGCAUCGGUGUAUAUGUUAAAUGGCGGUAAAAAAGCAGAGAAGGUUAAGGUACAUGAGUUUCUUGAACUGCCUUCGAUGUUAGACUCCAAACGCGUUCUUUUAAAGGUUGAGAUUCCAUUAUGCACUGCUACUACUAGUACUACUUCUGUUGAUGAUGACACAGAGUUGCUCUUUGAAAGCUAUAGAGCUGCACCUCGCUCUAUUGGAAACGCGUUGCCGUAUUUGAACGCUGCUUUCUUUGCUUUAGUUUCUCGCCGCCAAGAACCAUCAAGAAGAGGUGUAACGGUAGAUAAAUGCUUUUUGGCAUUUGGUUCUUAUGGCUGUGAUCAUUCAAUCAGGGCGACGGAAGUGGAGAGUUUCUUAACAGGUAAAUCACUUAGCUACAGUGUUUUGUAUGAAGCUGUUGGUUUACUUAAAGGAAUCAUAGUUCCCGGAAAAGACACUCCGCACCACGAGUAUAGAAAAAGCUUGGCUGUUGGUUAUCUUUUCGAGUUUUUCAACCCACUGAUCGAGAGUGGCCAUUAUAGCAACAGCCAUGUUAAUGAUACCGCGAAGUCUCUUCUUCCCUUCCUCUCAUCUUCACAGCAAGUGUUAGAGAGCAAUGAAUAUCAACCUGUUGGUGAAGCAGUUAUUAAAGUUGGAGCAGCAUUACAAGCUUCUGGUGAGGCGGUUUUUGUUGAUGAUAUACCGACUUUACCGAACUGUCUACAUGGAGCAUUCGUUUAUAGCACAGAGUGUUUGGCUAAGAUAAAAAGCAUAAGAUUCAGAGAGAAGAAUGUGACGCCUAGUGGAGUUUUUGCACUUCUUACUUCUAAGGAUAUUCCAAAACAAGGACAAAACAUUGGUUCCAAGACCGUUUUUGGGACAGGACCUUUAUUUGCAGAUGAACUAACUCAAUUUGCUGGUCAAAGAAUUGCUCUUGUGGUUGCAGACACACAAAAACAUGCAGACAGUGCAGCAAAACUUGCAGUAGUUGAGUACGAUACAAAGAAUAUAGAAGAAGAAGCGAUAUUAACAGUCGAAGAUGCAGUGAAAAGAUGUAGCUUUUUCGAGGUUCAUCCAAUGAUUUACCCUGAACCAGUAGGUGAUGUUUUAAAAGGAAUGGAAGAAGCCGAGCGAAAGAUCAUCUCUGCUGAGUUGAGGCUCGGGUCACAGUACUUCUUCUAUAUGGAGCCACAAACAGCACUUGCCUUGCCAGAUGAAGACGACUGUGUGAAAGUAUAUAGUUCAUCUCAAGCACCUGAGUACGUGCAUUCGGUAAUUGCUACAUGCCUUGGCAUUCAAGAGCAUAACGUACGAGUCAUUACCAGAAGAGUUGGAGGUGGCUUUGGUGGUAAAGCUGUAAAGUCAAUGCCUGUUGCAACAGCAUGUGCACUGGGGGCAUACAAAUUGCAGCGUCCUGUCAAGAUGUAUAUGAACCGCAGGACUGAUAUGAUAAUGGCUGGAGGAAGGCAUCCAAUGAAAAUAACUUACGAUGUUGGUUUUAGAUCAGACGGGAAGGUCACAGCACUGGAGUUUAUAAUGCUAAUAGAUGCAGGGCUUGAGCCAGACAUAAGUGCAGUAAUGCCGCGGAAUAUAAUGGGUCCGCUAAGGAAGUAUGAUUGGGGAGCUUUGUCAUUUGACAUAAAAGUUUGUAAGACGAAUUGCCCGACUAGAACGGCGAUGAGAGCUCCAGGGGAAGUACAAGGUUCAUACAUUGCCGAAUCCAUUAUCGAAAAUGUAGCAACUUCUCUUCAAAUGGACGUUGAUACAGUGAGAAAGAUAAACCUUCAUAGUUAUGUCAGCCUCAGAAAAUUUUACACACGCAUCUCUGGUGACCCUGACGAGUAUACAUUGCCUUUAUUAUGGGACAAACUUGAGAUAUCUUCCAAGUUCAAGGAGAGAGCUGAGAUGGUGAAGGAAUUUAAUGUGUGUAACGUAUGGCGGAAGAGAGGGAUUUCUAGAGUACCUAUUGUCCAUCAAGUGUUGCAGAGGCCAACCCCGGGGAAAGUGAGCAUUUUGAGUGAUGGUUCUGUUGUGGUUGAAGUUGGAGGAAUUGAGUUAGGGCAAGGGUUGUGGACCAAAGUACAACAGAUGGUUGCUUAUGGUCUCGGUAUGGUUAAAUGCCAAGGAAGAAGCGAUAAGCUGUUGGAGAGAAUACGGGUUGUUCAGUCCGACACACUCGGUAUGAUCCAAGGAGGUUUCACUGCUGGUAGCACAACAUCCGAGUGCAGUUGUGAAGCUGUUAGGCUUUGCUGUGUUAUCUUGGUGGGGAGAUUGAAACCAACAAUGGAUAAGAUGAUGAUGGAGAAGCCGGGUUCCGUGACAUGGACCAUGCUCAUUCAACAAGCGUAUGGUCAGUCUAUUAAUUUAUCGGCGAGUACACUGUAUACGCCAGAGUAUGCUUCCAUGGAAUACCUCAACUAUGGUGUUGGAGUCAGCGAGGUGGAAGUGGACCUUGUGACAGGAAAAACAGAGAUUUUACGAUCUGAUAUCAUUUACGACUGUGGGAAAAGUCUUAAUCCUGCAGUUGAUUUAGGACAGAUCGAAGGAGCGUUUGUUCAAGGCAUCGGGUUUUUCAUGAUGGAAGAGUACACUACUGAUGAAAAGGGACUUGUGGUGCAACAAGGCACUUGGGACUACAAAAUUCCUACUGUGGACACUAUCUCCAAACACUUCAACGUCGAGAUUGUCAACUCUGGUCAUCAUAAAGACCGUGUUCUCUCCUCCAAAGCCUCGGGUGAGCCACCUAUGCUUAUGGCGGCUUCUGUUCAUUGUGCAACGAGAUCGGCCAUUAGGGAAGCUAGGAAACAGUCCCUUUCAUGGAACUGCAACGAUGGAAACAUAGAUGAGUCUGGUACGGAUUUUGAGUUACCGGUUCCAGCGACUAUGCCUGUGGUGAAGUCUCUUUGCGGAUUGUAUAAUGUAGAGAGAUACUUACAAGGGAAGAUCCUCGGAUAAUAUAGGCAAGCAAAACUCUCGUUGCUGCAAAAAUUUACAGUCUUGCACAUUCUAAAGUCAUUUAUACAGGCUAAAAUUGUUUCUGUGCAUCGUUGUGCAUAACCAAAGCCUUCCAGUUUUUUUGGUAAGGACCAAAGCCUUACAGUUUGAAAACAAAAUCAAUAAAUCAAUAAUAAAGUCUUACAUGUCAUUACAGUUACA